UCCAAUCAUAUCAUCCAUAUACCCAUUGACAACACAGAUGAACUCCUGAUGUAGAACAUACAACAAUACCAUGCAAACUCAACAGCCCCAUUCCAUGGGGGCACAAAACCCUCAACAACAACAAGUAGAGGAGGAAGAAUCAGGUGAGGACGCCUCCACGGUUCUUUGCCUAGGCCCUCCUGGCCAACACCAUUAUCACACUAAACAAAACAACAACAAUAGCCACAUCCAUAACAAUGAAUGGGGAGUCACACUGGCAUUUCCCUUGGGCCCACCUCCGCCGCCGCCGCCUUCUUUUCUGCCCGGAGCUACUAACUCCGGCAGCUGCUGGUCGUCGUCGAGCAAUGCCGUUGUCGUCGGCCCCGGUGGCGGCGGUGACGUGGCAGAUGCCGCCGCCACCGGGGGCGGAAUGAGUCUUGGUGGUGGGGGCGGUGUAGGAGGGCAGUACUGGAUUCCAACACCGGCUGAAAUCCUGGUUGGGCCCACUCAGUUCUCUUGCAGUGUUUGUCACAAAACAUUCAACCGUUUCAACAACAUGCAGAUGCACAUGUGGGGCCACGGGUCGGAGUACAGAAGGGGCCCAGAAUCACUGAAAGGGACGAAACUACCCUCGCCGUCGUCGUCGUCGAUAUCAUCUUCUCCGAGCAGCAGCGCGAUGAGCAGGCUGCCGUGUUACUGCUGCGCAGAGGGGUGCAAGAACAACAUAGCGAACCCGAGGUCGAAGCCAUUGAAGGACUUCCGGACCCUCCAGACCCACUACAAGCGGAAGCACGCGGCGGCGGGGUCGAAGCAGUUCUCUUGCCGGAAGUGCGGCAAGCCCUUCGCCGUCCGGGGCGACUGGAAGACCCACGAGAAGAACUGCGGCCGCCUCUGGUUCUGCGUCUGCGGCUCCGACUUCAAGCACAAGCGCUCCCUCAAGGACCACGUCCGCGCCUUCGGCCGCGGCCACGCCGCCCACGCCGACAGCACCGCCGGCGCCGGCGGCGGAGGAUCUCGGUAUGUGUAUGCACCAAGCAUGGGAGAUGACGAUGAUCGAUGACGACGACAACUUGAAUUUAGCAGUCAAACUUCGUCAAAUUUAAACAUUAUAAUUACAUUAUUAUUCCAUCGUGAUACUUGAAAAUUUAUGCUAAAACAAAUUAACAUGGAGUAUUAAUUCGUUCUAUAAGUUCUUGUAAUUUCCAGUAAUUGUGUAAUCUUUAAUUCAUUGUUGAGCAUGAUUGUAAAUUGAAGUUUGUGAUCAUAAUUCAUAACUUCAAGUUUGUGAUCAUAACAUAUUUUGGCAUCACACAUUUCAUAAAAUAAUAUAGUUUUG